CGUCUGAGAUUGAGAAAGUGCCACAAGCGCAGACUGGCAGGUAGCAAAAAAAAAGGAGCUCACUCGACGGCUAGUCUCUUCAGGUAGACAACUCGAAACAUUUGCCAGAUUGAUCUUUAAUUUGUAUUUCUUUUUAAUUCCACAACAUUUCUGUAUGGAUUGAUUUCAACUGUAUUUUGUUUCUUCUUAAUGUUGGCUGUAGGAUCAAUACAUUUAAAUGCCAAGAUAAUAUUCACACCGACAGAUGAAGAUGAUCUGCAGAUGACGUCAUCGCGUGACGUCACAGGGAAGACUUUCAGCUGGAAUCCUUGCCGGUUUGGCUGUAGAUCAUCUAGCGAGAAAGUCUUCAGAUUGUGACCAAGUAGUUCUCUUCACGCGUUUUACUUUCAGCCUUUGGGAUAAACUAAACUGUUUGUUUUUUUUUAGAAGCGACAAAAUUGUCGAAAUUCUGGUCAGUUGGCCAUGACUACCAUAACAGAAGACGACGUUGACCAGUACCUCAGAGAGCAUCCUCAGUUUCUGGCUACCUGGCUCUUGGAAAACGCAGACGAUGACACGCUGCGCGUGGUGGCCAGGAAGUUUAAACAAGACGCGCUCUCCCAGUUCACACACCAAAAUGGACAGGCUGGCAAAUCCAUGCCGGCCGUUGAGGAAAAAGAAUCGACGGGUUCCCUGUCCGAAGACUCAAUGACCAUUGAACCGAACGAGGACAGAAAUCUGCAGACGUACCGAACUUUCUCGAAAGUGGGCCGGAACUCCAUCACAAGCAUGAUCUUCCGGAAAUAUCUGGACGGCGACCGGACACGUCGCUCGAGCGUGAAGAAAGAUCUGGAUGACUUGAAAAGGAUGUCCGAGGAGGAGCUCUUCAUGGAGCUCAUUCGAGACAUCGCCAGCGAGCUGGACGUCAACGUUCUAUGUCAUAAAAUAUUACAGAAUGUAAGUAUACUGACCAACAGUGACCGCGGCAGUCUGUUCCUGGUCAGAGGCAGCAGAGACAAUAAGUACCUUGUGUCCAAGCUGUUUGACGUCACAGAGUCCAGCACACUGGAACAGUCCAUCCACACGGAGGCCAACGAGAUUAUCGUCCCUUUCGGCGUGGGCAUAGCGGGAAAUGUGGCUCUGUCUCGGGAACCAAUCAACAUAAAGGAUGUCUACGCAGACCCCAGGUUCAACCAGGAAGUGGAUAAAAAGACCGGAUACAGGACUCACAGCAUCCUCUCCAUGCCAAUAGUCAAUUUCGAAGGGGAGGUCAUCGGAGUUGCUCAGAUCAUCAACAAAAUUUCCGGAAACCAUGAGUUCAGCAAACAGGACGAAGACCUGUUUCGCAAAUAUCUGACAUUUUGUGGUAUCGGUAUCACCAAUGCACAGCUCUUUGAGAUGUCAGUGAAUGAAUUCAAGCGAAACCAGCUCCUUCUCCAUCUUGCUCGAGGCAUGUUUGAGGAACAGAGUAACUUGGAGAAGCUCGUCCAGAAGAUCAUGCUGGACGCUCAGGACCUUCUCAAGUGCGAAAGAUGUUCUGUCUACCUCCUGGAUGACUCCUUUCAGAGGGACAUCAUGAGCUACACCAGCCGCUUCCUGAACCGUCUCAGCAGCUACUCCAGGACCGGCAACCUGGUGGUUGCUAUGCAGGAUCCUAGCAACCAGUUCCGGCAGGCUGGCAAGGGAGAUAAUACUAGUGAACCGCUUCGAAAAGUGGAGGAUGUUCAUUUCUCCCAAGCCUUUGAGUUGUAUGCUGGGAAGAUGAAGGUCCUCACGCCAGCAGAGUUCCAGAAUUCUAAAGCUGCCUUUAUUGCCAAAAUAACACUAGUGGCUGCAGAGACAUUGAAUAUCGAAGACCUCACAAGAUACGGAGGAUUCGUAGGCCACCACGUCCCAGAAGACAACGGGUUCAGUGCCAAAAGUGUUCUGUGUAUGCCCAUUCACAACAGUGAUCGGACCAUCAUAGGCGUCACCCAACUCAUCAACAAGGUGAAUGGGCAGCCGUUUGAUGAGAACGAUGAACACAUUAUAGAGGCUUUUUCUAUCUUCACUGGGCUGGGUAUACACAACUGUCAGAUGUAUGAGAACGCCUGCCAGCUGAUGGCCAAGCAGAGCGUCGCCUUGGAGGUGCUUUCAUACCACGCCACAGCCAGCAAGGAAGAGGCAGAAAGGAUUAUGGUGGAACGCAUCCCUGCGUCUGAAGAUUACAAGCUGUACAGGUAUGACUUUGAUGACAAGCUCAUGUCGGAUGAUGACACCAUCAAAGCCACCAUCAGGAUGUUCCUAGACGCUAAUCUCAUCUCACAAUUCAAGGUUCCUUACGAGACGAUGUGUCGCUGGGUUUGUACGGUGAAGAAGAACUACAGGCCGGUGACGUACCACAACUGGAGACACGCUUUCAAUGUUUGCCAGACCAUGUUUACAAUGCUCUAUACAGGGGAUCUUCGUCCAAAGUUUGAUGCUGUAGAGGUCUUCGCUUUAAUGGCGGCCUGUCUGUGCCAUGACCUUGACCACAGGGGAACUAACAAUGCUUUUCAAGUCAAAGUGGCUUCCCCAUUGGCUAUGUUGUACAGUACCUCUGUGUUGGAACAUCAUCAUUUUGACCAUUGCAUUAUGAUCAUCAAUAGCGAGGGAAACAACAUAUUUCAAUCUUUUCCACCUGAAGAGUACCGACGUGCCAUUAAAAUUUUAGAACAUGCCAUCUUGUCCACAGACCUGGCACUUUAUUUUAAGAAGCGUGGCGAUUUCAAAUCAUUAGUGGAAAAUGGGGAAAGAGAAUUUCUAGAAGAAAACAAAAAAGAUUUAUUAAAGGCUAUGAUGAUGACUGCCUGUGAUGUAGCAGCCAUUACCAAGCCAUGGAAAAUUCAAAAAGAGAUAGCCCAGCUUGUGACGGCAGAAUUCUUUGAACAAGGGGACAUUGAAAAAACUCAACUAGGAGAAAAGCCGAUACCUAUGAUGGACAGAGAGAAAAAAGAUGAGCUGCCUAAAAUGCAAGUGGAUUUCAUUGACUUCAUAUGUGCUCCAGUAUAUGAGCUGUUUGCUAAAGUGUCAGAAUCUUUGAAGCCAUUAAAUGAUGGUUGCCAAGAGAACCGACAACACUGGAAAGACAUGUCCAAUACAAUGCAGCUUAAAACAGAUGUCCAAAAGGAGGACACCCAUUCAGGAGAAAAGCCCAAAGAAGACGAAGCCAGAAGUGAGCCUUCUCAACAAAACUGUGAAACAUACAAAACCCAGCCAGAACCCCAAGACACAGCGUUGACAAGUAAACACGACCAAAAGACAAAAGAACAUGUAAAUGCUCAUAGUGUAGGUAAUGAUUUCAAGACUACUAUUUAUUCGAAUGCACAUGUGGUCCCACAUAUUCAAGCAGAUGUCAAGAGUGAAAGUAAAUGUAAAAAGACAUCCAAACACGUAGAAACCAGAAAGUCCUCAAAAUCAUCAAAAAGUCAUUUUUGCUCCAUCAGCUGACCUGUGGCAACAUGUAGUAGUCCAUCAUUUUUUCUAUUUGUUAAUAUCUUAAUGUAUUUAUUUCACAAACAAUUCUGUGAUGUAGUGUUGUACAUUUUGUGACUGCAAGAUAAGUGAUGCACAGUUGUCAGAAUGUUUGUGACUGCAAAAUAAGAGAUGCAUAGUUGGCAAAAUGUUUGUGACUGCAAGAUAAGUGAUCCAUAGUUGGCAAAAUGUUUGUGACUGCAAGAUAAGUGAUCCAUAGUUGGCAAAAUGUUUGUGACUGCAAAAUAAGAGAUGCAUAGAUGGCAAAAUGUUUGUGACUGCAAGGUAAGUGAUGCAUAGUUGGCAAAAUUUUUGAGACUGCAAGAUAAGUGAUGUAUAGUUGGCAGAUAUUUGUGACUACCAGAUAUGUGAUGCAUAUAUGGCAGAUUUUUGUGACUGAAAAAUAAAUGAUAUAUAGUUGGCAGAUAUUUGUGACUGCCAUAUAUGCGAUGCAUAGUUUACAGAUUUUAAGUGCUUAAUUGACAGAAUUUCGGUGAUAAAAAAUUAUGUGUUAAAUUUUGUGGAUGUUUAUGUGACUUUAAGAAAGCUACCUUUUUAGGUUAUGACUUUAUUUACUUCAUGUUUAUACCCAAACUUUGUAUUCAAAUGUGAUAACAUUUUUGUGUUUUGUAUUAUAAGAGUUACAAUAUAAUACAGAUAACUUUUUCAGAUGUGUUUAUUAUGAAGUUGUGUAUAUUUUCUACAUAAUCUUUACGCACCAGUACACCAAUUAUUUCAAUACAGAUUUUUGCUUCUAUAGAUGGAAUAAUCAAAUUAAAUGACAUACUAAACAUUUGGAAUUGUGGUGAAAAAAACUAAACUGCAUGGUAAACAAUUCAUCAAAUUGUUGUUUUCUUUCAUUCCAUCUCAAAUCAGAAUAGGUUAAGAGAUUAAAUUUUAUCUGAUUUUUUUUUUUUAAUUAAAGUUCUAAAAGGAAUGGAUCGUGCAAAGUUAUUUCUGUACUACUAGUUGGCAGUAAAUAAAAGCAUCAGAUGACUUUUUUUUAUUCUUCUCCAGCUUAUAUCCUGUGGUAUCAAAUCUUUGGUGAAACUAAUAUUACAACAGUAUUGGCAAAACUUUUGACACUUUUAUUUGUAUCAACAGAGAUAUGUAGUUGUUUAUAGUUUGUAGUUCAUAAUUUCUGAUAAUCUAUCUAAAAAUAUUGAAACCUUCCUUUUACCUGCCUAAACAGACCACUUCAGGGUCUGAUUUUGAGUUAGUUUCCAGUUUCCACACAAUCUCUCUUUGUAACCUUGCUUUUAUAAGUUUUAGAUAUUACUUCAGACAUUAAAAUUGUUAUGUCCUAGCCCAAAUUCUGUAUGGGACUACAGGGAAUGAAUCCAUGCAGGAUUUGGGCUUGGUACCAAGGUGAUGACAGUCUGAAACACAUGCCACAUGCACAGCAGCCACCCAGUUCAUGCAAGUUCUUGCAACUGCUAAGCAAAGUUUUGGCUUUUAAUUUUGAAAUAAAACAUUUGACAACAGUUGUUGUGUUUUUAACUAGUAAUUUAUAGUAAAAUUUAAUUUUAGAGAAGCUUAAAUACUAUCUUUAUGAUUUUAUAAAAAUAUAAUAGUUUUAUAGCAUACUGAUGGGUUUUAGCUUGAAUCAAAGAAUUUAUAUUCCCUAUGCUUGUCAAAUAUUAAUAUUGGGAGUUUCUUUACAAUCCAGUGUCUAAACAUUAUUUAUUUUAUAAACUUUUUUUUUUAAAUAGUAAAAAAAAAUCCUUUCAUAAAAUGAAAAGAUCAUUCAGCUCAAACGAAGACCCAUGUCGAAAAAAAAUAAAAUAACCAUGUCGUCAUUUUUAAGUGCGGGCGAAGGUUCAAUGAAGAAGAUUGCUGGUAUUGACCCGCCUGUAGUCUUUAUAUCUUUGCUAUGGAAUAAAACACAUGAAAUUAGUUGGCCUUCUUCAGUCGUAGAACGACUACGGUUCAUCUCACACUUUCUCAUGUGGCUGUGGAGCCCUAUUUUGGAGAGACACUCCCACCCAUGAAUAUCACAAAUAUGUACAUAAAAUUAUACCCACAUUAAGUCAAGUUGUUUCAAGGGGGAAAAAAAAGCUUUUAACUUUUGCACAUAAGUGAAUGCGAAUGUAAAGCUGAUAUGCUUAUACCGAGUCAUACCAAUCAGUUCUUAACACAGUGCCAUUUUGUUCAAACCCUCAAUAAUUUUUUUUUUUACUAUUUACUAUACAUUACCUUUUUUCUAAAGUCUGAUGCAAUGUUUGAAAAAAAGCAUGGUAUAAAAUAUGCUAAGCAAAAGGAAUAUUCAACAAACAAGUCAGAUGCAUGCAGGUCUCACAGUGCAUCUUCUUUAUAAUUUUAACUUAUGUCCUAAGUACUAUAUUUUAAUAUAC